CCGCUUCACCUCCGCGGCGGCGGCCUGGGGAUUUGCCCGGUGAUCAGUGACGUCAGGCAGGCUGAAGUUCCCAUUGGAGGGCGGAGUUCGGCGAGGGCCAAUCCCAGGGCCGGCCACGGAGAAAUCUCGGCGGAGGGCACGGCGCGCCGGGAGACUGCUGGGCGGGGAGGCUGCGCUGCCAGCUGCUCGCUGAGGCGCUACGCCCGGAGCAGCUUGCCGAAGAGGAGUGACCGGGCCCGGAGCGUGGCGCGGGUCUGGUCUCUGAACAGAGACCCACAAGCUAACUAAGGGCAGGAUGGCAGCAUCAGCCCCCCUGAGGAGCCUGGAGGAGGAAGUGACCUGCUCCAUCUGCCUGGAUUACCUGCGGGACCCAGUGACCAUCGACUGUGGCCAUGUUUUCUGCCGCAGCUGCACAGGUGAUAUCCGUCCUGUGUCCGGGAACCGCCCCGUCUGCCCGCUCUGCAAGAAGCCCUUUAAGAAGGAGAACAUCCGGCCCGUGUGGCAGCUAGCCAGUCUGGUGGAGAACAUUGAGCGGCUGAAGGUAGACAAUGGCAGGCAGCCAGGAGAGCAGGCCCGGGAGCCACAGGACAUGAAGUUGUGUGAGAGGCACCAAGAGAAGCUGCACUACUACUGCGAAGAUGAUGGCAAGCUGCUGUGCGUGAUGUGCCGCGAGUCCCGGGAGCACAGGCCGCACACUGCAGUGCUGGUGGAGAAGGCUGCCCUGCCGCACAGAGAAAAAAUUCUGAACCACCUGAACACCCUAAGGAGAGACAGAGAAAAAAUUCAGGGCUUCCAGGCCAAGGGAGAAGCUGAUAUCAUGGCUGCACUAACGAAGCUGCAGGAACAGAGACAGUACAUUGUGGCGGAAUUUAAGCAGGGCCACCAGUUUCUGAAGAAGCGCGAGCAGCACCUGCUAGACCAGCUCUCCACCCUGGAGCAGCUCCUCACCGAGGGCAGGGAGAAGUUCAAGACCCGGGGCGUCAGUGAGCUUGGCCGGCUGACUCUGGUCAUCUCUGAGCUGGAGGGCAAGGCACGGCAGCCCGCUGCAGAGCUGAUGCAGGAUGCCUGCUCUACACAGGACUCCAAGGACUUCGCCAACAGGUACCCAAGGAAGAAGUUCUGGAUUGGGAAAGCCAUCCCUCACAUGGUUAAAAGAAAGGCGGGAGAAUUCUCAGAUAAACUUCUCUCUCUGCAACGAGGCCUGAGGCAGUUCCAGGGCAAGCUGCUCAGAGACCUGGAGUAUAAGACAGUGAGUGUCACCCUGGACCCGCAGUCGGCCAGCGGGUACCUGCAGCUCUCAGAGGACUGGAAGUGUGUGAUCUAUACCAGCCAGUACCAGAGUGACUGCCUGCACCCCCAGCAGUUUGACUGUGAGCCAGGGGUGUUGGGCAGCAAGGGCUUCACCUGGGGCAAGGUGUACUGGGAAGUGGAGCUGGAGCGAGAAGGCUGGUCAGAGGAUGAGGAGGAGGGGGAGGAGGAGGAGGAAGGGGAAGAGGAGGAAGAAGACGAGGAGGCUGGCUAUGGGGAUGGAUAUGAAGACUGGGAAACAGAUGAGGAUGAGGAAUCACUAGGGGAGGAAGAGGAGGAGGAAGAGGAGGAGGAGGAGGAAGUUCUGGAGAGCUGCAUGGUGGGAGUGGCCAAAGACUCUAUGAAGAGGAAAGGGGACCUCUCCCUGCGGCCGGAGGAUGGUGUGUGGGCCCUGCGGCUCUCCUCCUCAGGCAUCUGGGCCAACACCAGCCCCGAGGCCCAGCUCUUCCCAGUGCUGCGUCCCCGGAGGGUGGGCAUCGCCCUGGAUUAUGAAGGGGGCACUGUGACAUUCACCAAUGCAGAGUCACAGGAACUCAUCUAUACCUUCACGGCCACCUUUACCCGGCGCCUGGUGCCCUUCCUGUGGCUCAAGUGGCCGGGAACACGUCUCCUGCUGAGACCCUGAAUUCCAGAACCAGCCUGGGCCGUACUAUAGAAUCUUCAGCUCUCUGAGAAUCCAGGACUCUGAGAUGAAGAAGGGUUGCCUAAAUCCCACACCCAUGGAAACUUCCUUUCUUUGGGAUUCCCAAGACUGUGUGAAGGAACGUUCUUGGCCAGAGCACCAGGGGGAGGAAAGAGGAGGGACAUCACGUCCAAUUGCCACUCAUUCCCCACUGCUGUGGCUGUGUCCUCUCUCCACUGUCCCUACGUCUGUAUUUCUUGUAGCUUCUCACCCUCCUCCGGCCCAUUUCCUCUGGGAUCUCCUGCUCUGAAGACCAAAUGACUCCCUCCUUCCUGAGCACCCGUUUGUCUUGGUCCCAUGUUCUCUGUUGAGUAGGGGCAGCAGCAGCAGCAGCAUUUUCUUGUUCAGUUGUUAUCCAGGGCUCAUGGGUAUUGAGGGAGACUUGAAGCAAUUUUUGCUGUUCUCAGAUGUGAGGUCCCCCUUGCCCGAAACCAUUCUGUUGCCUACCUUACCUGGCUUCUUACACUUGCAUUUCCUACCCCACCAGAGUUAAAUGUCUGAAAGAAGCAGGAAUGAACAUAGUCAAGAUCCACUGAAGUUUCCAUGGUUGUGUAAGUUUGUGUUUUAGAGUGCUGGUGGAAUCAUCUCCUGGUGUGGUUAAUAAAGCUCAUGGCCUCCAAACCCAGAGCAUGUAGGUACUGCGACCCAGGCAGCAGCUUUAGUCAAUAAAUUACCUCUGCAGAGUAGUCCUUGUGAGGGGAGUUUUUUUUAAAACAAUUCCAACAUCUUGCUCUUGAUCAGUGGUUCUAAAAACACAGAGGCCAAUACCCAGGAGGUCAGAACUACCCUUGCCUCAGGGUCUUCAGCUAGCUUUAGGCCUCUGUUGUUGGCACCAAGGAGUGUCCAGAAUCACUUUCUUAGAUGGAUUGGAGAAGGGAAGACAGGAUCAUGAGGAAUCUUGAGAACCCCCAUCCCAGGUCUUAUGUGAAGACAGGGCCUGCAGUGUCUCCCUGCUGACCCAGCACCAGCCCCUUGGUCCAGUCACCCAGUACCCACAGUUGAACACCAGCUCCUGCGUAGCCAAAAUGAUGCCCCUCUUUUUAUCCUCAGACAUUCCACGUUUCCUCUGCCUGUCCAAGUGUUAAGCUCCUCUCUGCUCCUGAGAGGCUGCUCCCAGACGCUGAAUCUUGGUGGCCUUGGAGUCACCACCCUGUCUCAAGACUGAACACUUUGUAUAUAUCACAUGCUGCCUGAGUCACUAGUACAUGCACAGUGGCUUCCUCACCAACCCCUUUGUCUUUCCUGGGUUAGUCAUCGCUCUCCUCUUCCUUCUCUUUUAAUUCAUUUCCUGUGUCUUUAUAUUACUAAAUAAACUACAAGUUCUUUUCGGUGGUCAGAAAUCUUAA